AUGGGAUUAUAGGUGGGAUAUCUACAAUAUAAACAUAUACACGAUAAACAUUAGUGUUGAUUUACUAGACAAUACUGGUGUAAGGAGGUUUAACUCAACGAUCAAGUAAAGUUCACGGAAGAAUUAGGUUGAGAUCAGAUUUAGAUAAAGAAAGUCAAAAAUGAUUUUUGGCUUCAUUAUGGAUUUUAAAGUACGGACAAGUAUAUGUCAUCGCUUCACGUGACCUUUGUAUACACUUCAGCCUUUCAGAAACAAAAACAAAAGAUCGGAAGAUAACGUAAAGUAAUUGUGGAAAGAAAGAUUUAAAACCCUGUAAUCACGUGACAACUAAUUAUAAAGAUAUCAAAAAAUGAUUUUUUAAAUUGAUAAAAAUACGACAUUGUUGUGAAAUAUAAUUACAGAAAAACAAAGACGGAAUAGAAAGAAUGUGACGACACGAAACACAAUACAAUGAACGGUGUCAAUACGGCGAGAUUACCGCUGAUUGGAGAGGGGUUUCACAUCGGUGGAGUAAGAACUGAUCGUGAACCACCCUCUCGAAGCUGGGCAAGGAUUAGGACGUGUUUGAUUGAUAAUCCGAAAGAUGAGGAAUUCAGCAGACGACAGGAAUUCUGGAGCUAUCAAAAUAGAAACCGAGGUGUUGUGAAAUCAUUAUUGAAAAAGUUACCAAACGUUCCAUUCAGGAUUAAAAAAAAGAAAAUGCGACAAAAGGAUAUUGAAACGGAAAGGGAUAGAAUUCGUCAAACUAUUUCAAAACUUCCAAAUAUAUCAAAUACGGAAAAAAUGAUGGAACAGGAUUCUCCCGGGAGAAGUACAAGACCUCGCCCGCUUGGAACGUCUAAAUAUUCAGACUUUAAUUUUAGAUCGAGUGAAAUGAAUAGAGCAAAUUUGAAGGAAAUAACGAGGAAGACAGACAAAAACAAUAAUUCAAAGGAUAGUGAUUUUGUUCCAAAUAGUAGUCGUCUUCCGCUGAUAGACGAUCGACCAACAAAGACUAGUCCGGUCAAAGGAAAUUCAAAACUAGACGAGCAUUCUAAAAAGGUGUCAUUUUCUAUGAACGAUUUAAGUACAGAGAUCGACAACAGAUGUUCGACGGCGGCGUCUCGUUCGAGUACGGUAUCGGAAACGGCUAUAGAAAAUUAUGGACAUACUAGUCAUGGUAUAGCCGACAUGCCGCGAACAGUGAUGGAUGUCGUUCCGGGAAACGACGACUCCGAAAAUUUAAAUAACUCCAAAAAGAAAUCGAACAACUCGAUCCCCACCGUGUCCAAUAAUCAUAAACACUGGUUUCAGAGAGUCGUUGGUGAUAAAGAAUUGAUUGCCUCGAAUGAUUAUGAAAAUUUUGCUCGAACCGCUCGCCCGUUAACUGAUCGACUUUCGGACGACCAACCUACGAAUAGUAAAAUUCCACCGGAAAAACAGUAUUCGAGAUCAGGAUGGAAUGUGCAUUCGCAGCCGUUUUUCUCUAAUUAUAGUGGGACGGACAGGCAUGACAAUAGAACAUCAAGAUUGAGUUCUACAAAAGUUGGAGCGAGGUCAGUUGAAUCUAGGUUAAAUGAUCAGAAUUAUGUCAAAAAUAAUGAAACUGAAAAACUUAAAAGAUUUGAAAGAACAUAUCAAGCUCAAUCGCUAACUCAAUCAAGAAUUGCCGAAAGGUUAACUCAGGGUAAAUCACCGGACAGAUACGAUAAAUCUCCGGAAAGGAACAGUAGAUUAUCGGACAGAACGUCGCCUGCCCAAACACAAACUCCUAACCGACUUGCCGAUAGACUUGCUUUAAGUCGUUCACCCGAAAGAAUGAGUCAGGGUCAAGGUCUCAAUAGAAGCACACCACAAAGACAAAAUAAGCUCGUUAGUAUGGAACACCAGUUUAAUGACAUUGGCCAGUCUUCACCAUUUUCACCUUCUCCACGAUAUAUGGGAGAGUAUAAACUGACUAAAUCGCCACCUCCCGUCUCCCCGGGACGAUAUUUCCCUAUCUUUCCAUCUAAUGGAUCACCGAUGAGAAAAAUUGGAGGUGUAGGCAAGAAUAAAUUUCAAAGGACAAAUUCAAAACAAGAGCCAAUAGUGUUACCGUUACAAGAAUCAGAAGGCUAUAUGAUUUCAUAGGAACAUGAAAUUGAAGACAAAGCUAUAUUAUUUCAUGAGGAACAUGGGACGGUGGAUUAUUUGUUUAAAUAGCAGUUUUACAUGAUUUCAUAGGAACUUACGACUACGGAUUAUUUCUUUAUACUGCAGUUGAACUAUUAUUCCGAUUGAAUUUCAGAAAUUAAUCCGUCAAUCUUUUUCUUUUACUUUCACAGAAAUCACUUUAAAUGAGAGAGUGAACGGGUUUGAAAUAAUACAGAGCAAUGGGCCGAAAUAGGUAAAUUAUAGGAAAAAUUAGCCAAAAAAGAAAGAGUAGAGAAUAAAAUACUUACACUUUAUAAAUACUGGGAUACAGACCUUCAUUAUAUAUCAUGGCUCAAUUCUAUUGGUUGACGCAUCUUUUGUUGUCCCACAGCUGUCCAAUGUUUUAAAGUGAAUCGGAAGCACUGAAAUUAAGCACAGUUUCCUCAAACACACGAUUUAUCACUAUUAUUAU